GGACGCGCUUUCAGUUGCUGCGAGUACCUGGUGAGCGGCAGUUCGUAUCUUGGAUUUACUCAUCUCCAGCACAGAGGAGGUGUCGCGCGAAUUUCAGUUUGGGGACAAAGAUUUGUCGGCAAAACUGGCAUUUAAUUAUCUACAUUGUGAAAGCAUAAAAAGCAAUCAAAUUCGAAGCGCAAUAAUUGAACUAUAACUUUUCUCUCUAAAAUAAAAAAAAAACACACACACAACGCCAGUUUAGUUUAAUAUAUUUUUUUAAUAAAUGUGUGAACUUCCUAAACAAUACGAAAAUUGUGUUAAAAUUAUCGUUGUGUUGUUUUAUUGUUUUACAAUAAUUAAACAAAAUGGUUGUAAAGCCUGAGUUGGACGAGCUUGUCGCCGAACUGCAGCACUGGAUUAAGACGCAGCCGCAUUUGCCACAAGCAAUAGAGAAGCCGGUACUCGAGCGCUUCCUCUAUUCGAUGUUUGGCGACGUGGAGAACGCCAAGCGACUGUUCGAACUCAACUAUGCGCUGCGCAACAAGUAUCCGCACAUAUUCCUGCAGCGCGAUCCCACCGAUCAAGAGUCACAGCAGCUGUUGCAAGUAGCCGAUCUAGUGCCGUUGCCUGGGUUGACACCGGACAAAAAUAAGCUGCUCUUCUACCGACUAACCGACUAUGAGGCCGAUAAGUUCAAUUUUACGGCCAGUAUCAAAGUGUUCUUUAUGAUGGCGGAUCUGCGCUUUGUCGUACCCGAUGAGGCAGGCAUGUGCGACGGUGAGGUACCCAUUUUCGACAUGGCUGGCUACAGCUUACGGCAUGUGGCGCGCACGGUCUUCAGUUCGCUUCGCGUUUAUAUGAAGUUCGUGCAAGAGGCACAUCCGGUGCGCUUGAAGGCCAUACACGUGCUCAACUGCCCCUCCUAUCUGGACAAGGUGCUGACUGUGGUGAAGCCGUUCAUUAAAAGUGAGGUUUUUAAAUUGAUCAAUUUUCAUCUACCCAAUGCCGAUACACCCUACAAUUACUUCCCGCGUGAAAUGCUACCGGAGGAAUAUGGCGGAGCAGCGGGAAAAAUGGCUGACUUGAAAGAAAAAUGGGUUAAAUUGCUGAUAGAGAAGAGAGAUUACUUGAUGAACCCCGAUGCGUGGAAGAUCGACAAAAGCAAGAAACUAAAAGCUGCAACAAUGACAGAAGCAAACCGAGAGCCGGAUAAAAUUUGCCAGAGUUUGAAAACACUGGAAAUCGAUUAAAGAAAUAGUUAUCAAUGUAAAGACGUCUAUCGAUAUGUAAACAUAUCCGCAUGUAAA